UUUCGCUUGACGAAUACAGAAAUGGACAAUUUCCAUGGUAGCGCCAUUGUGACAUGUGAUACAUGCGAUAGGACUCCAAGAAUAAUUUUAUGCGUCGGUACAACAACACUCUUGACAUACUCUCGGUCAAACACUCCAUGUGUUGCGCAGAGUUCUUGUGGAUCGGCAUGUGAAAAGAUCACGUGUUGUGACUUGAUCGUCAACGACCAUAUAUACUUCCACCUUCCUGUUGUAGUGAUAUGCGAUUCAGAGCCAUCGCAUGCUUCCCAAUCUCGCUCUCACAAGAAAUCUCUUUGAUCAAUCGACAUGGUCAACGGUUUUCACCCAGAAAUUGACGCAGCACGCGCUGCAUCCAUCAGGUUCAACAGCUUGCUGGACACACACAACCCAGAGAAUUCUCCCGUCACUGUCUCGAUGGCUUCUCGCAAUCCACAGACUCCUGACAGGAUGGAUCUACUGUCAGCUAGUGACGUGCUUAGCGGCAUCCUGCAAAAGAUGCUGGAAAGGCAAAAGUUGCGUGAUGACGUGGCUGCUGACCAUUGCCCAAAAACGAAGCCGAAAGCUCCGGGACCAGCAACGGAGGCUCAUCGUAAGAGAGCGAAUCGGGAGACCGAAAAACAAUCCCACAAAGAGAAGAGGAAACACAAGAUCGAGUCUGCCGAUGUCCAUCCGAGAAAAUCUCACAAGACCGAUGGCCAUUCGACAAAUUCUCACAAGACCUCGCGGAGUGAAGUCGGUUCUGGAGGCAAAGAAGCGGAGAUCAGAGCCGACAAGCAGGUUCACAGGGAAAAAUCAGAGCGUGAGAGUGAGACCGCUGUCGAAAAGUCGAAAAUGGGCCACGACGACUCACACAAAGCCAAAGUUCCGGAGAAGAAAGCGCCAAUCGAACCAGAGAAGCCGUCUCAUCAGGCGAAGAGGAAGCGCGAAAGUGGGACCGCUGCCGAUCAUCUCGAUAACAACUCCGAGGCAUCUCGCAAGGUUCCCAAGAUCUCGAACAAUGCAGCGAAGGUUGAUCUUUGGACAGAAGCCCCAAAAGAAAAGAAGAGUGCACCGAAGCAACCAUUCAGAGGACCCCUGACGAACAGCGAGAAGAAAUUGAAAGCCGCCCAAGACGCCGAACGGGAGAAGAAAAAAGAAGCGGCCGCAGCGCGGAGGAUUGGGAAAACUGCCGAGCGAAAGAAGGUCAAAGAAGCUGCACAAGCACGAAAAGCAGCGCAAGCUUCCGGCGUUAAAGCCCACAAAAAGUACAGAAUCGCCGGCACAGGCAAGUCUGGCGAUGCUUCAAAGAUCCCGAACAGUGCGCGCUCACAAUACGAGCCGGAGUCGGAGAAGAAGGAAAUGCAGAGUCGAUCUUUCCUCACAGGGGACCUCUUUGAUAAGAAGGAGGAAAAUACCAGCACCAUGUACACCGAAAUUGAAGAAGAUGAUGCAGACGUGCCCGAGGAGAAAAGGUCGAGCGUGCUGUAUCGUCCUACGCCGCAAGCUAUGUUCUUCAAGGAGCAACAAUCAGCCAAGAAUGAAGCGCUUGAGGAAGCUGGACUUGCACCCGAGCCAAGACGGACUGGUCGUUUUCGCUUUCUGGACCUCGAUCGGGAAAUCCGUGAUAAGAUUUAUGAAUUGGCCGUCGUCAACCGCACUUGCUUCAAGUGGCCCGUCGACAGCCACCUGGACCAUCGACAACCAGAUCUGGCGAUGGUGUGCCGGCAGAUCCGCCACGAAGUUCUGCCACUCUACUAUCUUGAGAAUCAUUUUGCGAUGACAUUGCCUUGCGUGAUUCAGGACGACAAGCCUAACGAGAAGAUGGUUCUGUUGGAAAAUUGGUUGAACGCCAUUGGAGAUCCACAGAACGAAGAAGGCAAAUGGUUGGACAAGAUUCAGCGUUGGGUCUUCGAUGGCGCAUGGGAGCCCGUGAAUGAAGAAACCCAAAUCGACCCGACUGCUGCAGAGCACGCCGGAAACCAAUCUGUUCCCGCCAAAGCCAAGGAAGCUGACGGGAAAGCCAAGCCAGCACCAAGGCUUUUCGGGCGGUCGCCGCUCAGCAAAAAAUUCAUCUUACACGCAGAAUACAGCUCCAAGAUUGAGGACGGCGUGAAAUUGAGAAUCCACCGUCAAGCGGCAUGCAUUUUGCCACAGUAUUCGGGGCCUGACAAGCGCUGCAUGUUGCAGCAGGUCCCAGAGAGCGUUCGGAUAAUCUUGAGCGCGUGGAGGGGAUUCAUAGCAAGAUCAUCCUCCCCCACCAGAGCCAAACAUCUGACGAGGUUGGUGGGCAAACUCAACAAACUGACGCCUGACCUGGCUGGCGCUUGUUGCAAGCCCUGCAGUGAUGGUUCUUGGCCGGCAGCCGCAAUCGUGCUGGAUUAAAUUGUAAUGACUGCUGCUGCGGUGCAAGCUUCAGGACAGGCCUGCGUGGCCGGACCCAAGGAAAAGU